UGCUCUCGGUGUUCACGCAGUCUCUCUGGAGUCCCGGGACUGAGACAGCUGCGCGUUCUCAGGUGGGAUAGCCCUGCCCCUGUGCACAGCAGAAGGCCUCGCCCAGUGUCCCCAGGAACCGUGUGCACUGCCACCUGGGCAGGAUGCUAGAGCCCAGGGAUGAAAGGGUAAAGGCUUGUCAGAGGCAGGCUCUGUGGCAGGGGGGCGGAGCCUGGAGGCCCAGGUCUCAAAUCCCCACCUGGCUGGAUCCAGUUAGAGACCCGCUGGAAAACCACCCGGAUCUCCAGGUACGCCUUAGAAGCCGUGCUGCUGUUGUGAUUUUUCCCGUGUCUCCACACCGCAAAUGGUCUCUGUAGACUUUUCUCCUUCUUGCCGGCUCCUCUUUCUUUCAGGCAUUAUGGAAAACCUCUAUUUCAGAGUUAUUACCAUAGUUAUGGGUCUUUAUUUUACUGAAACAAUGACAAAUCCACCAAGAAAAGGCCGCAUUUUGUUCAAUUCUGAGUGCCAAUGGGAGGAACAUCUGACAAAUUGUUCUCUCACUAUGAAAUACAACGGACCUUCGGACGUCUCCCGGACAGCAGCCACGCUGGAUGUGAGCUGCAGCUCCCUUAGAGUUCUCUUGCAGUCUCACACGGAAAAAGGACGGAAAGUAAAACAUCCGGGCCUCGUUAGCAGUCUCCUGUCAGGAAUAUCCUCCAGCGCGCUCGCGCUUUUACAUGCUUCGGACACACUGGACCUCAGCGGCAGCGCCAUCCGCUCCCUGGCGCUGCACUGCCCCAGUCCUGGGUCCUCCUGGGUCCAACACCACAGAGGCAGCUUCGGAAAUGGGAUUCCAUUUCUAAAGGCGCUAAUUCUUCAAAGCAAUAAACUCAGCAACACGCCAGAGGGGCUAUGGCAUCUGAAGUCAUUGCGGAGUCUGGAUCUGUCAUUCAACGAGAUACUGCGAAUUGGGCUGUCUGAUUUCCAUAACUGCCGGCACCUGGAGAGACUGUCUUUAAAAGGCAACAAGAUAUUCAGAAUUCACCCAGAAGCCUUCAAGGACCUCAAAAACUUACAGGUGGUUGACCUCAGCGGCAAUGCUCUGACCACCAUCCUACCCAUGGUGACCCUCGCUCUGGAACAUCCCCAUCUGGAGGUGAACUUGGCUGAUAACCCAUGGCAGUGUGACAACUGGACGGCAAUCUUCCAAAGUUUUACUUCUGGAUCCUGGAGGAGGAAGUGGAGUGUACUUUGUAACACGCUGGUUGAGAAUGAGGAGGUGUCCUGGGCGGCUCCGGGAAGCAGAACUUCCAGGGAGCCCCACCGCCCUCAGAUUCAUCGGAACCACCUGACAGACAGCAGAAGCCGCCAAGCAGGGAGGCCCCAGGAGGGACCGCGCAGGCACGUGGCCACUCUGAGGACCACGGUCGUCGCAGACUCGGGUCCCGGGGAGAGGCAGACGUGGCGGGGGAGGGCGGUUCGACAGGCCCAGGACGUGGGUGCUGCGGGCAGGAGGGACAGUGCUGGCCGGGACAGCCUGGCGCUGGCGGUGUGCCUGUCGGUGUUUGUCACGUUCCUCGCGGCGUUCUGCCUGGGGGCCUUUUGCAGGCCUUAUAUUGACAGACUGUGGGGACAAGGAUGCCAGGACCACAGCCCCCACGCUGGGGCCGGGCACUUUAACGAGGGCUUCUACGAUGACGUGGAAGUUGCGGGGAACAGGCAGCCCCCAAGGUCAGAUCAGCCCCGAGUCUUCCACGACCCCCACCUCUAUGAGAGCCAGGACUCCUUCUCAGUGACAGAGCCAUGGCCACAGGCCGCUGUCACCCCUGAGGGAACUCUGGGCAGCAGUCAGCAGAGCCUGGGACAACACGGGAACCCCACGAGGGCCACAAGCGGAGUCGAUGCCACGCUUCCAAAGGACAGCGCAGCAAGCCCCCUGAGUGAUGACAAUGAUGACCACACCUACAGCCAGGUUGUCCUCAGAGGACUGAACCGGGACGCUGUGGACGGGGAGGGUCCUAUCAGUGAGCGUCCAGCAGGCCCCUCACACAGGGGCCCUGGCUGGAGUGAGUUGGACGCGCCCCUCUCAGGGGAAACGCCAGCUCCUCUCUCUGAAAAGCAAACCUACGCAAACACGCAGGGGACUGCAGAGAACAAGGACACGAGGGCCACGGGAUGGUUACCUUGGGCACCUGCAGGCCCGCAGGUGCAGGUCACCCGGGAAAUGCAAGGACGCACCGUGGAGGGUCUGCCCAGCAUGCAGGGGACCCUGGGGACGGGCGCUGAGGCCCUGUGCCCUGCCCAUGGCAGUGAGGUACCUGGAGGUACCGACCCAGGGCCCAGCGGCAACCCAAACGCCACUUCUGCUGACGAGGGCCCAGGGACACUUUCUGACUUUCAGUGUGUGCGGGUGUCCCGCCACCAUUCGGAUUCAGAUUCGGAUUCCGAUGAAGGCUCUUUGUUUACUCUGAGCUCCUCCAACUCAGAGGAUGCCGGGACAGGGUUGGGGACUGAAGGAGAGGAACCCCAAGAGGAUGCCACCUCAGGGGGAAGCCAGAACAGAGCUGUACCUUUCAGAAGUCCUGAGGGCAGCAUCACCUUCCAGAAGAUUCUGCAGAAAGGGGAGAAGCCAGAAGAUCUCAUUUCGGGUCCGGACUCUGCUUUGUGUGAGACUCAGGUGCAGAAUGUCCCCGACACCUGGACACCUGAGGAGCCGGAGGCCCUGCCCGGGUCAGCGAGAACUAGUCUGGUAGGUGACCAGAUCCCAGGCACGGCCACCUAUGAGGAUGACACAGCCCAGCCCGAGACCCCACCAUGGCACUGCUCGCUUAGAGACUUGGAAUGGUUUAGUGAGGACAUUUCCGCACGGACACCUCCAUGUCAUGCCGAUGUGGAACCCUCAGACCCCGACGGGAGUGCCAGCCAGGGAAGAGACGUGGGUGUGUCUGAAUAGGAACCUCUCCUUCAGGGGACAGACGCAGCUCAAGGGGACAGUCCUUGCAAGGCAACCACACGGAAAGUGUAAGUCCUUGGCCUUGGGCUUCUUCAGGGGACGCCACGAACUCCAACAGAUGGACAACGAAGCGGAUGAGGGGCUCGUCUGUCCACCCGAGGACAGCGAUGCCAGGAAGGGUGCCCGCCACAUGCAGUCAGCGCAGUGGUGGUCAGAGCCACGCGGCGGCGUCACGGAGGACAGGGAGGGUGUUCUGAGCUGGUUCUGAGAUCCAUGGGCCCUUGUUCCGAGAGUUUCCAGACGCGGCCAGAGCACUAAGAACGCGAGCGCAUUGCCGAGCCUGAGAGUGGAGCGGUACUCGGAGGACAGUCCGUCGCGGUGAGGAGGACAUGGUUCUAACCUGCUCUUGGGGGCCGACCCGGAGCAACCCGAGGGAGCUGACCGAGGAGCAGGUCUGCCCUAACACAGGGACAGGCAGCUUGGCAACCAGAGGGGCUUCGAGUGACGUGUUCAGUACAUACUGACACACUUCGAUACGAACGCUAGGUAGAGUUUUAACCAAUUAUUUGCAAACACUGGCACUUUUUGGAAGCUGAUUAUGAAACUGCAAAAUUAGAAGAAUUCAGAGAAAUUCUAUAUAUUUUUUCCUCCUUGGCACACGCGCUCACCAGAGAGAGACAGAGA